AACCGCCCCCACACGCAGCCUUUUGUCGAGAACAUUUGCCAAAACAAAAACCGCUUCUCGCCGCAAUCAGAAACUGCAAAAAACACAUCAUCUUUGAUAGCGAAAACUCGCCAUUCUCCGCUUCGCGUUUGCCUACGAAUCCGAAGAAGAAGGAGAUCAAUGGCCGCUCGCUCGCUCUCCGCUUUCCCAAUUUCGCCCUCGAAUCCUCAGUCAAUCCCUAAAGGCGCCCGCGACUCCCCGGUCUCGCUCGCGUGGAACCGGGGACCGAGUUGCUUGGCGAGCUCCUUCAACGGGAGCAAGCUCUCCGUCGUUCCUCCCCGCUCGAGACGGCUCGUUCGCAGGUUCAAUUCCGCCGUGGCGACGGUCCUGCUGAGUCUCCCCACCGGGAAACCCGACAGAGCAUCUACCGACAAGCUCCCAAAAUGGUCGGCGAGAGCAAUCAAGUCGUUUGCUAUGGCGGAGCUGGAAGCGAGGAAGCUCAAGUAUCCGAAUACGGGCACUGAAGCUCUUCUGAUGGGGAUUUUGGUCGAGGGCACUAGCCUAGCUGCAAAGUUUUUGAGGGCUAAUGGAAUUACGCUUUUCAAGGUUCGAGAGGAAACGGUGAACUUGCUAGGGAAAUCUGACUUGUACUUUUUCAGCCCUGAGCAUCCUCCAUUGACCGAGCAAGCACAGCGAGCCCUUGAUUGGGCUGUCGAUGCAAAACUAAAGUCAGGCGAAAGUGGAGAAAUAACCACAACACAUCUGCUUCUUGGGAUUUGGUUUGAAAAGGAAUCAGCAGGUCACAUGAUCCUAUCUUCCCUGGGUUUUACUGAUGAGAAAGCGGAUGAAGUUGCCAAAUCUAUGGAUAAGGAUGUUAUUUUGAGCUAUGAGUAAGUCUCGAAAUGGUAAAGAGGGAUGCUAUUCGAUAAUUUCCUUGGGAUCCCUGGGUGUGAGCUUUCUAAGUUCAGAAAGUUUCGCAGAUGAUUGAGGCAUGCUUGGAAGUUCAAAUGAUUCUGCCAAAGCUUUUUCUAGAAUCAAAGAUAAACAUGUCUCAUCUCACUCUUGGUGGGUCUCCUUUUCAAUUCUCAACGGCUCUUUGUAGGGAUGCAGAUUGUUUUUCUCAUGAGCAUUUUUGCGAAAAAGGGGACAGCCUUUUGUCAAUGGAAAUGAAUUUCAUAUAUCUUUCUCGUCCACCAGAAAUUGACUUGUCGCCAUGUAGUAGUGAUAGGCGUACUACAAAUUCUGGACAGAAAAGAAUGGAUCAAACUGGGUUUAUUUUCUUUUUAACCCCUCUCGUUUUGAUGUUGUUGGA